ACCAUUUUUUUUUUUUAUUAAGAGAUACUAGUUUUUCAACUGAAUUUAGCUUGUAUCAGCUGAUUAAGAAUGAGAUGUGAAAAUUCUAUUUAAACAUUUAAAUUGGAUAAUAUAUCUGAUUUUUUUUAUUUUCCUAUUAAUUGUCCUUCAGGUUCAGCUCCUUAUUGCCUGUAGAUUCCUACCAUAAACUGUUAUCUCUGUUCAGGAGGCACUUCCUUCCUGUCAUCCAGUUUGCUCUUGUCAAGGAUUCCUAGAUUCCCACUGCCCAGUUGGAGCUCAGGCCUUAUGCAUCCCUUCAGCUUAACUGUACUUCUGUCUAAUGUGGUUCCUAUCUCAAAGCUUUCCUUUAAUUCUUUGUUCCCGAGACCUAUCAUUACUUUGGACACUUGGAGGAUAAAAUCACUGGUAGAUGACAGAGGCUGUGAAUGAAACUGUGUGGAAAUAAGCCUGGCGAGCCUGGAUACCAGAUGAUAAUUUUAGCAUCCCAGAAGGUGAAGAAGAUCUGGCAAAAGCAAUUCAGAUGGCCCAAGAACAGGCUACAGAUACUGAAAUUUUGGAACGGAAAACAGUUCUUCCUUCAAAGCCUGCAGUACCUGAAGUAAUAGAAGACUUUCUCUGCAAUUUCUUGAUCAAAAUGGGAAUGACCAGAACUCUUGAUUGCUUUCAGUCUGAAUGGUAUGAGUUAAUACAGAAAGGAGUGACUGAACUUAGAACUGUUGGGAAUGUUCCAGAUGUCUACACCCAGCUUAUGCUUUUGGAAAAUGAGAACAAAAAUUUAAAGAAAGAUUUGAAGCACUACAAACAAGCAGCUGACAAAGCUAGAGAAGAUCUGCUGAAAAUUCAGAAAGAGCGUGAUUUUCAUCGAAUGCAUCACAAGCGAAUAGUCCAGGAAAAAAACAAAUUAAUCAAUGACCUCAAAGGGUUGAAGUUACAUUAUGCGUCUUAUGAACCAACUAUAAGGGUGUUACAUGAGAAACACCACACUUUACUGAAGGAGAAAAUGCUGACCUCCUUGGAAAGAGACAAAGUAGUUGGGCAGAUUUCUGGACUUCAAGAAAUAUUGAAGAAUGUGGAAAUAGGACAUAGUUACCAUGCUCCUGAAAUGAAAGUUGGUCGUAGUCGCGAAAAAGAAAAUACACCAGAAGGUCCUACUCAGAAAGGUCUUCGUGAAGCCAGAGAACAAAACAAAUGUAAAACAAAGAUGAAAGGCAAUACAAAGGAUUCAGAAUUUCCCAUAGAUAUGCAACCAAAUGCAAACCUGAAUGUUUGUAAAGAAAAUCUUUCUCCAGCAAAAUUUGACUACAAGCUGAAAAAUAUUUUUAGACUCCAUGAACUUCCAGUGAGCUGUGUCUCCAUGCACCCCCACAAAGACAUCCUAGUCUCCUGUGGCGAGGACCGACUCUGGAAGGUGUUGGGCCUUCCAAAAGGCAACGUGCUUCUCACGGGAUUUGGCCACACUGAUUGGCUUUCAGACUGCUGCUUCCAUCCAAGUGGCAACAAAUUGGCUACUUCAAGUGGUGACACUACAGUUAAAUUAUGGGAUCUAUGUAAAGGCGAUUGCAUUUUGACCUUUGAAGGACACAGUCACGCAGUAUGGUCCUGCACGUGGCACUCCUGCGGCAAUUUUGUGGCUUCCUCCUCACUGGAUAAAACUAGCAAAAUCUGGGAUGUUAAUAGUGAAAGAUGCAGAUGUACGCUGUAUGGACAUACAGAUUCUGUGAACAGCAUUGAGUUUUUUCCUUUCUCCAAUACUCUUCUUACAAGUUCCGCAGACAAGACCCUGUCUAUAUGGGAUGCAAGAACAGGUAUAUGUGAACAGUCACUUUAUGGUCACAUGCAUUCUAUCAAUGAUGCCAUUUUUGAUCCCAGGGGUCACAUGAUAGCAUCCUGUGAUGCCCGUGGGGUUACAAAGCUAUGGGACUUUCGGAAGCUGUUACCAAUUGUGUCCAUCGAUAUAGGUCCAAGUCCUGGCAAUGAGGUGAAUUUUGAUUCAUCAGGUCGAGUUUUAGCUCAGGCAAGUGGCAAUGGUGUUAUCCAUUUGCUAGAUCUUAAAUCUGGGGAGAUUCACAAAUUGAUGGGCCACGAAAGCGAGGCACACACGGUUGUGUUUUCUCACGACGGGGAGAUUCUGUUUUCUGGAGGCUCUGACGGCACAGUUCGAACGUGGUCUUGACUGUCAGCACAUCCCGCUGCAGAGGGCAUUCCCUUUAAGGCUUGAAAAUGCUUCCUGUAGUCCCAAACCAGCAAAUAACUGGUUAAAUGUGCCAGCAGGUAACAUUUACAGUCUGCUUUAAAACAUGCUUUGCACAUAUAUUUUAGUGCGCAUACUGUUACUAAUAAAAAAAAAACUUUAUGCUCA